ACACUAAAAAUGAAACUAACUUCAUGGCAAUGUCUGAAACUCUGUCAAGAACAUGCGGUGUAUUGCCCUCCUGCCUACAUGUACUCGAGAUAUCAGAGUUAGGGUCGUUUGCUGGUUUGUUGUCAAACGCUGCAGUACGCCCAGACCCCUGCCCAAACGGAUAGUGCGCGCGGUCUUCCUCGUCAACACAAAGGGACGCACACCCGUCCAGUAACCAAGCACAACCAAGUCCAAUAUCACAACAUACAAAAUCUCCGCCAUGUCUAAUGACAGGAAGCUCAACUCGCUUGAUACAAAGCUUGAGCAAUUCCGACUUAGCAAUUCAAGACAUCAGGAUGACGUUCAGAAUAUUAUCAAGGGUUACAGUGCCCUUAUAGAAGAACACAGUCGACUUCUAGAUGAGAAUAAAGUUCUAAAGGACGAAAGUAUCAAGGAAGCAGUGCACGUCGCCGCUUUUCCAAGCAGGACGGUGCCCCGCCCCUACGUGCUGGUACUUGUUGACGGCAAUAAUUACAUAUUCAAUGAUGAAUUGAUUCGAGAGAAAGAAGAGGGGGGUAUGCGGGCGGCGCGCAUGCUCAACGAGGCUGCUGAGAAGUACCUCCAGCGUAGAACACCGAGGCUUGACGACGCACGCAUCAUAGUCCGCGUGUAUGCCGAUUUGACAAGCCUGUCAAUUCGAUUGGCAAAGGCCAAUCUUAGUGGCAAGGAGAAGCGUUCUUUCUCGCCGUUCGCGGCAGGCUUUACGCGGUCUCUCGGCUUUUGCGAUUUCCUGGACGCUCUGCACGAAGAGGGUACAAAGUUCAAAAUUCGAGAAUCAUUCAACGCAGCCUUUGAGGAUCCUGCAUGUAGUCACAUCCUCUAUGCUGCAUGCCACGAUCUGAGCUAUAUGGAUAACAUCGUACCUCACAAGGUCUGCCGCGACAAGAUAUCUCUGGUCCAAGGCGCUGAUUUCGACUCGAAUUAUCACCACUUUGGGCUGGAGGUCACUGAUUUUUCUACAAUAUUCCGGUGGUCAGAUCUACCUACCCCAGCUGCAAAUCCAAAGCAUGCCCCUCACACAAGUGAACGCAGCAAAAUCGCCACAAAAAAUUCAGGGACGAAGAACGGACACGCCAGUACUAGUCGAAAUUGGCGCGAUAUCAAUAGCUACGCUUCUGACGAUGUAGGCGUCUCCCUCAACGGUUCCCAGGAUGUAUCGAGUCCACAUCACAAGUUUAAGUCACAGCCAUGCCGUUACUACGCAAAGGGUACAUGUACAAGAGGCGACAAAUGCUCCUACAGACAUGGGUCCGAAACUACGAGCACUGGCAGUACUGAGGGGUUUGCACUGGAUUCUGUUGAGGACCGCCCUAACAGGCUACCAAACAUUCUCACUCCCGGCCUGAUCACCAUCAACAAACACAAUCACCGUUUGGACAAGUACCUUCGUCCGCCUACAUCUCAAGACUGGGAAAUCUACAGGUCGUACUUCAAGGAAAAGAAACCAUGCAACAAUUACUACUUGAAAGGCCAAUGUCCUAACCCCUACGAAUGCGAGUAUGACCACGAGCAUCUCAGUCCCAUGCUACAAUAUGUCCUCGAGUAUGUGGUCAAGGAGAAUCCUUGCCCGCGCAAUGGGGCGUGUCGGGAGGCAGAUUGCACCUACGGACAUCUAUGCCAGAAGGCAGGCUGCCCUGGACCUAGAUUGGGCAAGGGUUGUCGUAUGAGGAAGGCGAUGCAUGGUGUCGAUUUUCAGUCGAUGGGAACAGUUCCAGCGAUUGGUAAGGAGGAAGUGAGGAUGAGGGAGGAAGACGAUGGCCACGGGGGUUUUGAUUUGCUUGUGUGA